AUGGCCCCCGUGAAAGUGACCAAGAUUUGCUGCAUUGGUGCUGGCUAUGUCGGUGGCCCAACGUGUGCCGUUAUCGCGCUCAAAUGCCCCCACAUCACGGUCACCAUCGUUGACCUGAACAAGGCGCGUAUCGAUGCGUGGAACAGCCCAGACUUCAGCCUGCCGAUCUACGAGCCAGGAUUGGUCGACGUCGUCCGCCAGGCGCGUGGCCGCAACCUCUUCUUCUCCACCGACGUCGACAAGGGUAUCGAGGAGGCCGACCUUAUCUUCGUCAGCGUCAACACGCCUACAAAGAAGAGCGGUGUCGGUGCUGGAUUCGCUGCUGAUCUUAACUACGUCGAGCUCGCCACUCGCAGGAUCGCGACCGUCGCCCGGUCGUCGAAGAUCGUGGUUGAGAAGAGUACGGUGCCGUGCCGCACAGCGGAGUCGAUGCGGACGAUCCUCGAGGCCAACUCGAAGCCCAACUGCCGCUUCGACAUCCUGUCGAAUCCCGAGUUCCUUGCGGAGGGCACGGCGAUCAGCGACCUGCUCAGCCCUGACCGCGUGCUCAUCGGCUCGUUGCAGUCGCCGGAAGGUAUCGACGCGUGCGAGAGCCUCAAGGAGGUGUACGCCAACUGGGUCCCGCAAGAGCGUAUCCUGACUGUCGGCCUGUGGUCCUCCGAGCUCUCGAAGUUGGCGGCGAAUGCGAUGCUCGCCCAGCGCAUUUCGUCUGUCAAUGCUCUCUCGGCGAUCUGCGAGGCGACGGGAGCGAACAUCGAUGAAGUCGCCAAUGCUAUCGGCUACGAUUCGCGCAUUGGGCCCAAGUUCCUCAGGGCCAGCGUGGGCUUUGGUGGCUCGUGCUUCCAGAAGGACAUCCUCAACCUGGUGUACCUCAGCGAGAGCCUGCACCUGCCCGAGGUCGCGGCGUACUGGCGCCAGGUGGUCGAGAUGAACGAGUAUCAGAAGAGACGCUUCUCAAAGAGGGUUGUGGACACGCUAUUCAACACGAUAACGGGCAAGCGUAUCGCGGUUCUAGGCUUCGCGUUCAAGGCGGACACGGGCGACACACGCGAGUCUGCGGCCAUCACGCUCAUCAAGGACUUCCAAUCGGAGAAGGCGUUCGUGAACGUUUAUGAUCCGCAGGUGGAGUCGGAGCAGAUCUGGAUGGACCUCCAGGAGGCUAGCCCGCUCAUGCCGCUUGAGACGAUCAAGAAACAGGUGUCGAUCUGCUCCUCCGCCCUGGAGGCGUGCAAGAAUGCCGAGGCUGUCGUGAUCGCCACAGAGUGGAAGGAGUUCAAGGACAUCGACUGGGAGGCGGUGUAUGCGGGGAUGAACAAGCCUGCAUUCGUGUUCGACGGGCGCCUCCUCGUCGACGCGGAGAGGUUGAGGAAGAUCGGCUUCAGGGUCACGACCAUUGGACGGCCCUCUGCUGUGGCUUAA